GCACGCUCGAGUUGCUCAGCGGACACACCGUUGCGUCCUCUAUAAAAGCGAGGGUAGACCAUGGCGGUACCAGUGUGCUCACUGUCGACCAACAUGAACGGCACCGACAAGCUGAAAGUGAUAUUCCUAUGCGGCCUAGUAUUAUCGGUCGUAGCCGAGGAGGCGAAGAAGACCGAAUCUAGCGCUAAGCCCAAGGAUGAAAAGUCAAAGCGCGGACUGGAGCUGAGCCUGGGUGAUCAUGGUGGUUUCGGCGGGGGUGAUUUCGGCGGUGGAUUCGGAGGUGGUCUGGGCGGCGGCCACGAGAUAAUCUCCACUGAUCACAUCAAGGCGGUGACGGUCACAAAGCACGUACCGGUACCGCACCCAUAUCCGGUGGAAGUCACGAAGCAAGUGCCCUACCCGGUGAAGGUACCGGUUAAAGUACCUGUCGAUCGUCCAUAUCCGGUCCACGUACCGCAACCUUACCCGGUGGAGGUCACGAAACAUGUGCCCUACCCGGUGGAAAAACCGGUGCCCUAUCCAAUCAAGGUGCCCGUGAAGGUGCCCGUCAAGGUGCCCUAUCCGGUCAAGGUACCAGUCAAGGUCCCAGUCGAGGUGGCAAAACCAGUGCCCUAUCCGAUCAAGGUACCCGUAGUCGUCAAGGAACCUGUACCCGUGAUCGUUAAGGGUCACGAUGAUGGCGGUUUCGGCGGCGGUGACUUCGGCGGCGGAUUUGGUGGCCACGACUUUGGCGGCGGUGAUUUCGGCGGAUUUGGGCAUCAUUGAAAAAAUUAUCGCGAGAAAAAACGAAAGCAUCGUCAUCUUCCCUAUUUGUUUGACGGUAAUCGGCUCGCGGUGCGAGACCGGGAGAGCUAUUCGAGGAAUCGUGGGAUCCAGGAGCGACCGGCGAAAACUGCCACAUCGUUCUAAAGGAGUCAAAUACGAUGCAAAUAUUGUAUUCAUUGUGAUCCUACCCUCGAAUUGUACUAUACACCAUGUAAAUGUAAAAACGAAUAAAGUAUUUUUUUUACGUAA